UGAUGAAAGACGUUCACUCAACUUCUGUUCUUCUGAGGUAAAAUUAGCUAGCUAGUUAACAAUGGUGGCUUAAUUUCUCGAAAAUUGUAAAUCUACCAUCUCUGAUUGCACCAGAUUGCUGCUCACGGACAGAAGAGAUGGACUUCAACCACCAAUAGCCAGUAUCCUAUCAAGUGCCUUUGGAGGGAAGGCGGUAUCACGUCACCAAGGAGCAGCUUGAGUUCCUCAUAGAUUGUCAUAUGACCAUCAGACAAAUGGCAGAUGUUCUCAAUGUGUCGCACUCUGUGGGGUGGAGGAUUGUUAUCCAUGGUGCUGUGGAUGGUUACAGCAGACUUGUUGUGUUUCUGAAGGCCUCUGACAACAACAAGAGUGCCACAGUCAUGGAGUCAUUCGAAGCAGCCAUCACCAGCUACGGAGUACCAUCCCGGGUGAGAUGUGACCGGGUGGUGAAAACAACCAUAUCUGUGACUUCUGUGGAGCAGUUCAGGGGUGGUGAGAGGGAAAGUGCCCUCAGAGGAAGGAGCACUCACAACCAGAGGAUAGAGCGGCUGUGGGGGGAUGUCUGGCAUGGAGUCUCCAACAUUUACCAUGACCUGUUCACCUUCUUGGAGACGGAGCAGAUCAUCGACAUCAACAAUGAGGUGCACCUGUGGACACUGCACUUUGUGUUCCUGCCACAGGUGAACAGAGAUCUUGCUGUGUUUGCUAGUCAGUGGAACCACCAUGGGCUGAGGACUGAACAACGACAGUCACCUCUGCAGUUGUUCGUCUCGGGUUCCCUGGCAAUGCAGAGGGCCAAUCUGACAGCAGUAAGGGAUUUGUUUACCCCAAAUUCAACCACCAUCAGCUCUCAAGCCACCACCUCAGCUCCUCCAACCACCACCUCAGCUCCCCCAACCACUGGCACCGCAGCUCUUUAUUGGUUGGAAUGGGUGAUUGUGCCACAAAUCCAGUUCACCAUCAGCAACACACAGAUGGAACUGUUGCGGACAAUAAUUCCAUUGGAAGGCCCCAGAGGCAGCCUGGAAGUUAACAAUCUACAGAGGGUUAUGGCAGUUAUAUCUUCAGCGCCACUCGUUCCUACUCCAACCUGACUUACUACAUACACCCCUGAUACUCCCCUACUGGGAUGAGGGAUUGGACGCUAUAUCUUCAGCGCCACUCGUUCCUUUGAAUCAGUUCAUUUUUAUAAUACUAUUAUACAUUUUAUAAUACUAACAUUCCCCCUCUUUCACACACUGUAUGAUUUGGUCUCUAGAAAGGUACGAUAGACAUCUUCAACUCUAAACGGAUGGGGACCAGAGUUUGGACACAGGUGGCCUUAACUUUUGUUAAGUACUUCCCAUUCUGUCUGGUCAUAUUUGGAGAGAGUCAGGUACUGUUAAGAUAUACGGCCUAUGGUUAUUGUAUUUUGCUCUAUGGCGCUUUAGCACAGCAGUCCAUCUGCUGACACAAUAUUUGUCUUCCACUCAGUAGAACACGACCCAGGAGAGGCCUACUGCAAGCACUGGUUUGGAGCCUUCAGAGCGCGCCUGCUGUGGGAGGACAACAGAACAUUCUGAAUGGACAUUAUU